AUGUCUUUUCGGAGCUUGCUCGUAAGUACGGAGUAUAUCGCCCUGCUGCGCGACAAGGAGCAAUGUGCGAAACGACGAUUUUCCACGUUCGACAGCACAACACCGUCAAUAAUAGACCCCUUGAUCCAAAUCACCACAUUUUCUUGCUUUGAUGAUGCGACUAACUAG